AUGGAAAACAAUUAUUUUUUUCCCAACCAAGAAGGGAGUGAUCCACAAGUUCAUCUACCCGAAUAUGAAACGUAUCAAGAAAAUACGCAAGGUGUUACUGGCAUGGGCCAUCCACCUAGCUCACAGUAUACGCAAGCCCACCCUGAAAUUACACCUGACUAUGAAGAUUGUAUUCAACAAGAUGACGGGCAGUUUCCAUCUCAGUCGACAAAAACUAAGAACCAGGUCCCCCAGUACCAUAACAGCAGUACACAGCCUAAUGCUUACUACGCAAUGAAUUCUGGACAGCCAUUGAUACCACCACCAAACCCAUAUGAUAUUCCUGGCUACAUAAGCCAAGUAUCUCCCCAUCAAGCCACCAGUCCUGUAAGCAUGAAUCGGCCCACUUCCCCACAGGCCAUGUACUAUGCUGCUCAUGUGGGGCAAGUUAACUACCCCAUGCACCACUACCAAAAACCUUCACUAGCUAGGGCUGAAAGCUGCACGCCUACAAGUACUAUAUCUAGUGCUUGGAACUGCACCCCUUCAAAUACCAUAUCUAGUGCUUGGAAUGGCACCCCUGCAAGUACCAUAUCUAGGGUUGGAAACUGCACCCCUACAAGUACUUUAUCUAGGGCUUUUAACUGCACACCUUCAAAUACCAUAUCUAGUGCCUGGAAUGGCACCCCUGCAAGUACCAUAUCUAGGGUUGGAAACUGCACCCCUACAAGUACUUUAUCUAGGGCUUUUAACUGCACACCUUCAAAUACCAUAUCUAGUGCUUGGAAUGGCACCCCUGCAAGUACCAUAUCUAGGGUUGGAAACUGCACCCCUACAAGUACUUUAUCUAGGGCUUUCAACUGCACCCCUUCAAAUACCAUAUUUAGUGCUUGGAAUGGCACACCUACAAGUACCAUAUCUAGUGCUUGUUGCUACACCACUACAAGUACCAUAUCUAGGGCUGGAAGCUUCGCCACCAGAAGUACCAUAUCUAGUGCAUGGAAUGGCACCGCUACAAGUACCAUAUCUAGGGCUGAAAGCUUCGCCCCUUCAAGUAUCAUAUCUAGGGCUUUGGAAUGUACCCCAACAAGUACCAUAUCCAACACAUUAAGCUGCCCUCCUACAAAUACCAUAUCUGUGACUGGAAACUGCACCCUUACAAGAACCAUACCACAGGCCUCCACUGGAAAAGUAGUCUCAAAUGUUGAGGUGAGUAUUUACUAAUUCAAACUCAUGCACUGUUUUACUCUGUGGUACCUUUAUUUAACUACAUGUUUGGACUACUUUGCAAAGUUAUUUAUUUUUUAGCUAGUUACAAAUACUUUUAACAUUUCUCAUGAAAUUGGAAACCAAAAUGUUGGAGAUAGUUUAUUGUUUUAUUCAGAAAAUUAAUACUAGUUCACAUUCCUUGUAAAUAUGAAAUUGUCCACGUAUAAAUGGCUCUUUAAUGAAAAGUUCACUUUAAAAAAAAAAAAAAAAAGUUAAUUACGGUAGAAAGUGGUGAAUAUGCAAAUAUUUGGUAUGCUUGGUUUAAUGUCUAAAUUUUAAUUUUAUUUAUAGUAAACAUAAAGUUGUAGUGCAUUGACAACUGAAAAAUGUAGGCCAACAUUUGGAAAAGGGGAAAAAUAUUUCAAUUAUUUUUAUUUGAAGAAUUUUUCAAGCUUGCCACUUUGAUCCAAUUUUUUUUUACUCCACUUGAUUUAGUUCAACUCACUGUUUACUUAAUAAAUGUGUCUUUUUAUUUAAUGUGGAAUUUAGCUGUUGCAGGUAUGGCUGUAAUGAGGUAAUGGCUGUCCAUUAGGAUUUCCUUGUGAAGCCUGAAUAUGGAGGACAAUUACAUAUUAUAUAUUGUCUUCUAAAACGUUAACCUAUUUUCUGCCAAAAUAAACUCAAACCCGACUUGAGGUCUACUUUAUCUAUAAAUAAACAGUGAAAAUUGUAGUUCAAAUAAGUCUUCUGCAUAAAAUUGAUGGCAAUGUUGGCUCCAACCAGAACACUGUGUCUAUUUCAAUCUGGGUGUACAUGCAUCUAUGCUGGCCCCAAUUUUCCAUCCUGUAAUUGGUGCUUCUGUAUGGUACAUAUAUAUUUGCAUUGAAUCACUAGUAAAUAAAACAUGCAUAUAACAAACCAUGACUGUGGUUGAUGGAGAUCUGGACCUUUGUAGCUGUUGUGCUCUAAACACUUUCAAAAUAAUUAAAAAUGUUUUCUUGAACCUCAAGUAUAACACUUGCUCUUUACAUUCACAGGAUCAAUCAAGCAUGACUGAGCUGAAAGAAUUUGCCCAAAAAGUUAAAAAGCAGAGGGAGUCAUUAAGGCUUACCCAGGAAAACGUUGGGGACGGACUAGGAGUUUUAUACAGUAAGAUCAGAUAUAAGAAGUUACUAAUAUAUCGAAUUUUAAAAAACCCAAAAGAAAGAUAUUUAUAUUUUCAGUUUGUAAAAAAAUUAAAACAAUCCAUAAAUAAAAAUCAACUUAUAUUUUAAAAGGGAAAAUCUGGUAUUUUUAAUACAGAAAGUAUAAUUAUCUAAAAUAUAUAUUAUUGAUACAUUAUUAUUAUUUUUUAUAUAUGAAUGGAUGGAUAUCAUAUUCUGUAUAUUUUGUGUGAUUAAUUCACUCUGAUCCUUUGAGAAAGCACAGAGAGGGCAUUUAAUGCAAAUGUAUUUCUUUUUCCAACAACACUUUGGAAUAAUGAAAUUCAAUGUGGAUGUUAUCCCUGAAUUUGAUGGCAUGCAGUAGCCUUUGAUUUCAGUCAUGAGCCCAACUCUUGGAAAUAUGAGAUAAUGCAAGGUCAAAGAUAGGAAACUCAUGGAAACAUGCACCGGGAUACAGUUUCAUUGUACCAAAGGAUCACGUUUGUGUAAAAUGCUCAUUGUAAACUUUUCAGGUUGCAGUUGCAAUGUCAGAGUGCUGUCAACCUAAAUAUAUAAAAAAAAAAAAAAGUCAAUAAUGAACUAAAAAGGUAAUAAAAAAAAAGCUCUUUCCAUAUUAAUAAUAAUAUUAACAUUAUUACUAUCUUAAUUGAUUUAGUUAUAAAUAAUAGAGUUUUGUUUAAAAUCAGAACACCUGGACAUCACGUAACAGACAAACCAUCUACUUUGUUACAGAGAAAUCAUUUAGCCAAACAACAAUCUCCAGAUUUGAAGCUGUCCAACUGACCCUUACUAAUAUGCGGAAACUGAAACCAAUGCUGGAGAGAUUUUACAAGGAAGUUGAAACAAAUACAGCUAUUCGAAAAGUAAGUAAAACAAUUUUUAUUUUGAGAGCAUGUACAGGGAUUUAUACUCUAAAGAUUUAUUUAUAUCAAGUUGGUCAUUGUUGUUAAAAUUCCACAAUUAUCAGCAGUGGAAUUUUAUCGUACUAAAACAGCUAUAUCCUCGUAUCUCCCAACAUUGGGAGGUAUGGAAUUGGGAAGCACGUAGAUGGUCCCUAGGGUCAUUGUCAGUGACUUGUGUCACUUGUGAUGCCCACAAUGGAUGAGUCUGCCUGCAAAAGGGAGUGGGUUGGCCAAUUGAAGUGGUGUGUCAGUCUGGUGUCAAACACACGAAGCUGACUGACAGUAUCUAUGGCCAGUAGACCGAGAUAGGCAACCUUUGAUGAUGGACUACAUUUCCCAUGAUGCUUUCACAGAAUUAUGGUUGUAAGGUAUUAUGGAAGAUGUAGUACCAAAGGUUGCCUCCUCUUUUGGUAGACAUUGCAGAGAGUACUGCUGAAGCACACUGUGUAUGAUCCUAGUAGUUGCAACUGCACUGAAAACACUAGUAAAUAAAUAACAAUUUUGAAUCACAAGCUAUAACUGGGCCAGAUCAUUUUCAAGAGGAAAUGUAGCUGUUUUAUUCCAAACACUGUCAACACGGAACAAAAUCGCGACACUGGGACAGGACCCCAAAGGAGGGACAAUCUAACCAAAAUCGGGACAUUUGGGAGGCCUGUAACCCUGCAUGUUCCUUUUCAGUUUUUGGAUUGCGGAUGAGUUCUCUGUUCAGUUUACGGUAGCUGAAGGGUCCCACGUUAAAGCCAUGAGAAUUUCAGAGUUGGAUAACUCAUUGUUCAGUCUACAUGCUGUAGGCUUCAGGAGUAAGACUAUAGACCUAGGGAGCUACAAAUUUCACUGCUAUUUCUAUGUAGAGCUGCAGAGAUCAGUGUUUAGCUUGAAGAGAGAUACUGAGUUCAGACUUAUAGGAAUAUAACCAUGAUUUUUUUAACCGCUAUUAUUAUUAAUAGCAUAUUAUUAUCAUCACUUAGGAUGUGUAUGGCAUGUCAAGGAGAAGCAUAUCUUAAUUUUGCAAAGUAGGAAAUGAACAUAUGGCUAGUGAUUUUAAUAAAUCACUGCUGAUAUAGUAGAUAUGAUAAAAGGAGGUAAUGAGCCCUCUGCUGUGUAAUCAAUGCACGGUGUGCAGGUAGCUAUUGUGCUUGGGGUACUGUUGUGUUAGUGCCCCUUUAACUCUGGGAAAUAUGCUCAUUACAAAUGGUGGAAUUUUUGGUUUCAAACUUGUUAAUCUACUAGUUUGAAAAAAAAUAAUUCUGCGAUUAACAUGUUAUUCUUUACAUUUUUUUUUUAAACCCACUAGAUUGUUGACAGAGGAGGAAAACCGAACAACUCUGUAAAAAGAAAAAAACGUACGUUCAUUGAUGAGAAAACAAAGCAAAAGUUAGAAGAGAAUUAUAAGCGGUUCCCUCAUCCCAGUAAAGUGGAAAUCGAAAGCAUUUCAACAGAAAUCGAACUAACAUGUGAUGUAAGUAUUAACGAUAAGAAGAUUUCGAUCAACUACUAUGACAUUACAAUUAACAGUAUUUCACUAAAGUGAGAAUUCAGAGUGAAUUCAAAGUGAACUUCAGAUUUAAAGGGACACUAUAGUCACCAGAACCAAUACAGCAUAAAGUGGUUAUGGUGUCUACAGUCUUUCCCUUCAGGCCUUUUAAUGUAAACACUGCCUUUACAGGCAUGCAAUACACACAAACACUGCAUCUACUACACACAUUAUAUUCACUACACAAACACAUACUCUGCAUCCACUACACAAACACAGACACUGCAUCCACUACACACCAGUGGAAAUCAACCUUUUUCUACCUACCGCCCACUAAUGCAUCUUUCUUGAUGGAAAAAUUUCCUUACCGCCCACCAGCUUUCGCGCAAGUGCAGAAUAUUUUUUAGAAAGGAGGGCGUUUAAAAAAAAUAAAUGUACGUAUAUUUAUCUUUUUAUUUCUUCUUAAUGCAUGUUUACAAUGUUUUUAACUUUAUAAAGUUUAAUGAGAAAACAAAGAAAAUUGAAAUUACCUUUAACUAGUGAUUAAUGAGAUCCUUGAGAUUGAUGCUGCGAGACUAAAUAUUUGAUAUAUGGUUUGAUUUUCGUAAGGAGCAAACGAAGGUCUCUUCUUUCGGUGAUAUUCAGACGACUUCUCUGUUUGCGCAUAAUAUGAUUUCUCAUCUGUGCGUCAGCUCCCCUCCUCUCCCUCCUCAAUGCCCCUCCCCCCACCUUUUUUUUUCUUCCCUUUUUUAUAUUUUUUAACCUUCCUUAUAGCAAUGCCCAGCAGGAAGGCUGAGCUAGGUAGCCCACUUACUAUUAUUAGACAACAAUAAUUCUCUCCUUUUCCUUCUUUCUCCUUUUUACAAGUACUCUGCUCCUUCUUUAACCUAUUCUACAAGUACUCUGCUCCUUCUCUCUCCUUUUUACAAGUCCUCUGCUCUUUCUUUCUCCUAUUCUACAAAUACUCUGUCUACUGAUGCCAGGAGCUGGAAUAUGACGUCAUAUUCCGGCUCCCGCGGCAUCAGCAAACAUCGCGCGAGGGAGCAGAGCAGAGAGGUUAGAGCUCCCUUGCCGCCUCGGAUUAGAACUCUGCUGCGCCAGGGGGCCCAGAAGGUGACCUGGCAGGAGAGAGUGCUUCCCUCCUGCCGGUCACUGAAAUCUUGCGCCCGCAAACCGCUCGCACCCGCUCGCCCACUCUAAAAUGGAGAAAUCCUCUCAAAAAGAGGAUUUAGCCGCCGAAAUCCCUACCGCCCACCUGGAAUCCUGAAACGCCCACUAGUGGGCGGUAGGGACCAGGUUGACAACCCAUGCACUACACAAACACACUCUCUGCAUCCACUACACAAACACAGAGACUGCAUUUACUACACAUAAUGGAUGUAGGUGUGUUUUUAUGGGCAUGGCUUUGGGAAGGGGGGGCAGCAUUUAAUCCUUGGACCCAGGCAGCACAAUGUCUUGGGCCUGCCCUGACUUAACUGUAAUAGUAACCAUCUUGUGGCAGAGUUCUAGAGAUUUGAAUACCAGUAUGCACAAUUUGGGUAAAAGAAGACUCUAUAAUUAAUGCCAGUUGGACAUACCUCAAAUGAUGUCAUUUAAACCAUAGUUUUGUAAAGAGUUUUUUCUACACUACUAUUUUGGCCUUAAAUUCCUCUGCAAUCACCUUUUUAAUUUUCACAAAUUUCCACAUGAAUGAAUAAUCCUAAAUGUUUUAGCUGGGACUAGAGGCAAUUGUUCUCGCUGGUCCAAAAGUGAAUAUUUUAAUGUAUGAAUUAUACAUAUUUUAUAUUUCCUACAUUUUUUGCUCUGCACAAAUCAGACUUGGUACUUGUGAAUGUGCCUUUAAAUAUAAAAAAUUUGUUAAUAAUUUGACCACAUGAUAGAAUCUCAAUUAGAAUCAUGCACAUAAGAUAAAUUCCUUUAUUGACCACUCAUUACUUUUAUUAUUUAUUAAUAGGUUGUUAAUACAUGGUUCUGUAACCGGCGUCAGCAGGAAAAGAAGGAACUGAACAAAUGCCUGAAAGAGGAAGCCGUAGCAUCUGGCAAUUGUGCUCAACCCAUUUCAACUCCUAACACAGGAACCUGUGCCAAGCCACCAGUGACAGUACCACAACCCUGCCUAAUUGACAUGACUGGAUUAAAUCGUACACCUUAUAUGGCAAUAAAUGACCAAAACGAACAAUUUAUCCAACAUGCCAUGCAAAGUAUGCAUACUGGAAACUAUACUCAGUUAACCAUGUUAUAA